GGGUCUUGGAGCAAGACGGGUUUGCGUUUUCAGUGGCUGUUACAGUGAGUGUUUUAGAGAGGUGGCCAUAACAUCGUUCGUUUCUUUAUAAUUUGAAAUUGCCAAGAAGUUGACAGCCGCAAGUAUGCAAGCAGAAUCGGGUAUAGUUCCCGACUUCGAGGUUGGAGAAGAGUUUCAAGAGGAACCAAAAACGUAUUACGAGUUGAAGAGUCAGCCCUUGAAAAAAAACAGUAAUCCGUUAGACCAGCAAUGCUCCUCUUCCAAGCCCCCAUUGGGCUCUUCCACCAUGACAUCACGAAUCCUGCUGCGGCAGCAGUUGAUGCGAGAGCAGCUCCAGGAGCAGGAGCGGCGGGAGCAGCAGAGACGUCAGGCCUCCUCCACCUCGCUGCACCACCAGACCACCGACGGCCACAUCCACACCCAGACCUCGGCCAUCAACGUCAGCGCGCCCCCCAGCCUUCCCCCCGCAUCCCAGCUGCCCAUGGAGGUGCUGAAGGUACAGACUCACCUGGAGAACCCCACCAAGUACCACAUCCAGCAGGCCCAGCAGCAGCAGGUGAAGCGCUACCUGGGCAAGCUUGGCUCCCUACCCUGCCCCAACCAGUCCUCUGACCACAGGGGCAUGGCUCUCGGGCCGGGCAACAGUGCCCCCAACAGCCCCAUGGCCUUACUCACCCUCAACAUCAACUGUGAGAAAGAGAUGGAUGAUGUCAUUGAUGACAUAAUUAGUCUGGAAUCGAGUUAUAACGACGAUAUCCUUGGAUUAAUGGACCCAGGGCUUCAGAUGGCCAACACGAUCGCUGUCAACACUAACCUCUUGGACAUUUAUGGUAACCAGGGCAUGCCCCAUCCAGGCCUGGCCAUCAACUCCUGCCCUGCCAACCUGCCCAACAUCAAAAGGGAAUACUCAGUUUCCCAAUCUCCGGCCAUCAUGCACAUGCUGGACAAGUCUGGAUCGUGUAGCAAGUUUGAGAACUAUCAAAGGCCUGAAGGAUUUCCUGUAGAAGCAGAGGUCAGGGCAAUGGCAAAGGAACGACAGAAGAAGGAUAACCAUAAUUUGAUUGAGAGAAGACGGAGGUUUAACAUCAACGACCGGAUCAAAGAACUGGGGACCAUGAUUCCAAAAACAAAUGAUCCGGAUAUGCGUUGGAACAAAGGCACCAUUCUCAAGGCGUCAGUGGACUACAUCAGGAAGCUACAGAGGGAGCAGCAGAGGGCCAAAGAGCUGGAGAACAGGCAGAAGAAGCUGGAGCACGACAAUAGACACCUGAUGCUGCGGAUACAGGAGUUGGAGAUGCAAGCUCGUGCCCAUGGUCUGACUACAGACACAUCUGUCCUCUGCUCAGCUGAGCUCUCAGCCCGAGGCAUCAAGCAGGAGCCAGCCCUGGGAGACUGCCACCAGGAUCUGUACCAUGUCCACCCCCAGCACCAACACCACCCAGCCUGCACUCCAGACCAGGUUCAGUACACCACCUUGGAGCUCAACGAUGGAGCAUCUCCCUACACCAAGGGCCAUAGGGGAAUCUCAGGUGACCAGGGGUCUUACGGCAGUCAUCCUAAGGGGGCCUUGAUGGACAUCCUGAUGGAUGACACCUUGUCCCCUGUGGGAGGGGGAGACCCCCUGCUUUCCUCUGUCUCGCCCGGGGCUUCUAAGGACAGCAGCUGCUCAGGCAGCAAAAGCAUGGAAGAGAACGACCAGAGCUGUUAGCACUCACUGCUGCCCACUCCACUCACCUGCAUCUUUAUCUCCACCCCUUCAACCUGUUCUAUGUUGUGUUGUGUUGAGGCCUCCUCAGACAUCUCCCGUCAGUAGCUAACUUCAGCCAACUGCUGGUUAGUUAAUUAGUUAGUUUGUUUUCAGGUGUUUACACAUAUUACAUUUUUCAUAGUUAUUUUUUUGUUUUGUUUAUUAUAUGGUAUCAUUGGGUUCUGAAGCGGCCAAACUGAAUUUUGUUCAGUUUCUCUUAUGUAUUGAUCAUAAAUUACUUUUUAAUAGUUCAUUUUAAUAGAUCAUGCUCUGAUUUUAUCAAUACUUUUAUGACAAUGAGUCAGGGAGCGAUAUCUCACACAUACUGUACCUGUGUAUAGUCAUCAUGGUAUAGGGCAUGCUUAUAAUAGUUAUAAAACCCUGAUUGAUCAGCUUAUUGCUUUAAACAAAAAUGCAAUUCCCUCGAAGUGAAAGCUAAAAAUGGUGGUUUAAUAUAUUGUUGGUGUGUUACACAGUCACACUACUUGCUUUAUAGCAUGUCUAUUCAGCGCAAUAUGACAGAAGCGAUAAUACAUUAUUUUGAUUACUUUUGUUUGUGCUUUACUUUUGUGCUUUUAAACUUGAAUGAGAUGAUGUCUUAGUCAGGAGAUUUGUAAACAUUUCACAUAUAGCACAGAACAUAAUGUCAGUCUACCAAUAUUGGUAGAAAUGCAACAUUGAUUUCCAUACAGGCACAUUUGGUUUAUGAAGAUAUUUAUGCUAAUAAUAUUGAUAUGUAUUGCAGCAAAUACUCACUAAGAAGUGUAUCUCUUAGGAAGAAAAAUACAUUUUGUUUUUAACUUGUCCAUUUUCUAAAUUAUUAUUGUUUUGUUGUACACUUAUUAGGAUUUGCCUGUCCAUCCAUUUCGUGUUUUAGAGAUAUUCAGGAUAUUUUUUUCAAUUAUGUGAAUGUUUAUAUUGCUAGGAAUAUAAGGAGAUGUACAUGUAGAAAAUUGUUUAAACACUGGAAUGACGUCCAUAAAUUGAUUUUUUUUUAAAAUAUAUAUUUACUAACGAUUAUAUUUAGGUUUUUCAAAUUAUUGAUUGUAGUUAAAACUAUAAGCUGUACUGUUAAUGUAUAUUUCUGCUGUUUAACAACUGUAGGAAAGUACUCAAAUAUGCCUUUGAUAAUAACUAUCUACUGUACAUUACACCACUGUCUUGAGAACAUGGUUACAGUGCACCCUCAAGUCUGUGGAACUAUGCAAUGAUUACAGUCGUGCCUGUUUUACCCAGAAGACAUUAGACACAUUAGGCUGGUCAUAUAAUAUGUUGUAAUGAUUAGUAAGAAGCACCUAGCAGAAUGAUUUACAUUGAAGUGAAGUGCCUUACUGUUAGUUUUUUGUUUUCCACAGAUCUAGGAGGACUACUAGACACUGGUUUGUUGUUGUUGUUUCUGGUGUUUGGUGCUUCAUGUAUGAAGUGUUGAGCUGCAAGGUCCCUACGGGAAGCAGUACGGAAGGGCCUUUUGUCAGACAGAGUAGAAAACCAUGUUAUGGGCCUCCAAAUGUCUCUCUAGGCCAUCCAUUUUGUUUGGGAUGUUUUGGAUGCUAGAGUUCUGUUAUGAGGUCAGAAUUCCACUCGGAGGGCAAUAAUCAAAACAUUGCUUUACUGAAUUCUCAGCUUCUUUUUUGAGACCAAUUCUUUUUCUGAAUGUAACGUAACUCAGUGUUGACUGCCAAAAUGUGUUGCCAAAAUCAAAGUGAAGUCUAAAAUAUGCAAAGAAGGAAUUAACGUUGUUAUUUUUUGAUGUUGUACUUUUGUGUACGGAUGUUUCUUCUUUAUUUCUAGAGCAAUAAUUUAAGAAUAAUGGCUAUUAGGCUGCACGUAAAGCUAAGCACAAAGUAGUCCAUGCACUUAUAGGCGCAUUCUCUGCAGUACAAAUCCACUGCAGAAUGGCCCUCAUGGUCAAACUGCACCCAGGUCUGUCUGGUAAUAUCUAGACACAGGCCUGUCAUUCACUCACUGUCCUUUGACUGAACCCAGAUCAGCAUAUAAUUUCCCUAGACAAUGUCACCCUCUUGUGUUGAUGACACCACUAUGCACCAAGAUUGGUGUUUUCAACCAUAGAACUUAAAUGCAUAGAACUAACAUUUCCAUUUAAAGCAAUGGUGACAGUUGACUGAUGCCCAUUACUAAACAUAUUGAUCGGUCCGCUUGUUACCAUGGCACAGUUUGGGUAUACCACUAACAUUUCAAAGAGCCAUGUUUGUUCACACAUUGAACACUCCAGGCUGACAGGUCUAUUAAUUGUAUUUACAUGGUUCAGAUAGACGCCUCUGCUGCCAGGGGAGAUGGAGGUAGUGAUGGUCAUACACUGGUUGGGGAUGGAUCAGUGAUGUUAAGGCCAUUCAUUGGAACUGAGUGUGGAAAAUAGUUUUUGACAAACAUUAAAGUCAAUUAAAUAUUUUUACUUGUGUUAUUGCAGGAGUAUUUUUCGUUCUAUGAUUUAUUUUUAUCAAAGUAUUUCACUAAUUGUCUCUGAACACUAAUGAUGGCUAAAUAAUAUGAGAAUAUAUAAUGUUCAAAGACACUCCAAUAUAAUUAAUGAUAAUAUUUUAUUGGUAGACUUCCAGGGCUCUAUUCAAUCCUCAUUGCGGAAGUUCAGCUGUACAGCGUGAUUGAAAUUUAAAGGUUAUGUUCCCGCAUUAGCAGAGACUGCAUUCACGGGUAAACGCUGCAUAUGUCGGCUCAAUAGGAAAUGACCUUUACAUUUCUGUCACGGAAUCUGUAACACUUCAGUUUAGUAGAUUAAAUAAAGCCCCAAGUAAAUGUGUGUUGACUGAAACAUAUUGAAUAUGAAACACAGUAUUUCUUCUUCACCCGCUCAUCAUGGCAUGAAUAUUAUCUCCAGCCUUCAAGAAGAACCAAGUUCAUCACACAGACACCUACUAAAGCAGCACCGGCCCCUCGAGAUUCUGAGCCAGCCUGGCAGGGUUGGUCCUGCAAAGCCAAAGCCCGCUGAUGGGAGAGCAUAAUAUGCAAGGAAAUUCUCAAAGCUCCUAAUUAGAACAUUGACAACCUUUUACCUAGCCGAUGGGGAUUCCGGUGGGGUGCCCCCACCCAGGUAGUGGCAGCGCUGGCAUGAAGAGCUGCAGUAACCCAUGGGGAGGGGGUCAUACUCGGACAAUCAGAGAGGGGGCAUAUUAUUGUGGCCCUGGUAGCACAAAAUAAUCAAAGGUCUGACUGCACAGAGAUGCAUGGAAAAUGGUCACAACAGGGGACCAGUGUGUGUGUGUGUUUCAGAGGAAGGGGGUGUAUCUGAUCUCCAUGUGUAUCUGAUCUCCAUCACCUAGGACUUAACAAUAGUUAAUGAAAUCUCCUAAUCUUUUUUUGGGCUAAAUUUUGCAUGCCUUCUCAAACAGCUGCAACUGUAUAUGCAUUCGUAAAACAAGUCCUUUCUUGAGUUGGGCUCAGGGAUGGAACAACUGUUGAGCGUCUGAGCUUAUGGUAGUUUAUGGGGAAAAGGGGUUGAGUGUGUGUGUAUGAAUGUGUGUGUGUAUGUAUCCCACAUCUGUUGCUAAGGGGUAAUGAUGUUAGGGACAAUAUAGGAUGAAUCACAAUAAAUGUGGGCUAAAAUAAUAAUUGCUUACCAAAAAUAUUAUUUUUGUAAUGGCAAUCCUGGUUAUAGGUACUAAUCCUUUGCAUGAACAGCCUACAUUAUCACGCAUAUUAUUUGUUCAUUAUGGAAAUUAAGAUAUGCAGGAUUUUUAAUAUACAGUGCAUUUCGGAAAGUAUUCAGACCCCUUGACUCUUUCCACAUUUUGUUACGUUACAGCCUUAUUCAAUUGUUUUGUUUUAUCAAUCUACACACAUUACCCCAUAAUGACGAAGCGAAAAACUGUUUAGACAUUUUUGCAAAUUUAUAAACAAUCCAAAACUGAAAUCUCACAUUUACAUAAGUAUUCAAACCCUUUACUCAGUACUUUGUUGAAGCACCGUUGGCAGUGAUUCCAGCGUCGAGUCUUCUUGGGUAUGACGCUACAAGCUUGGCACACUUGUAUUUGGGGAGUUUCUCCCAUUCUUCUCUGCAGAUCCUCUCAAGUUCUGUCAGGUUAGAUGGGGAGUGUCGCUGCACCACUAUUUUCUGGCCUCUACAGAGAUAUUCGACCGCGUUCAAGUCUGGGCUCUGGCUGGGCCACUCGAGGACAUUCAGAGACUUGCUAUGAAGCCACUCCUGUGUUGUCUUGGCUGUGUGCUUAGGGUCGUUGUCCUAUUGGAAGGUAAACUUUCGCCCCAGUCUGAGGUCCUGAGCGCUCCGGUGCAGGUUUUCAUCAAGGAUCUCUCGGUACUUUGCUACGUUAAUCUUUCCCUCGAUCCUGACUAGUCUCCCAGUCCCUGCCACUGAAAAACAUCCCCACAGCAUGAUGCUGUCACCACCAUGCUUUACCGUAGGUAUGGUGCCAGGUUUCCUCCAGACGUGACGCUUGGCAUUCAGGCCAAAGAGUUCAAUCUUGGUUUCAUCAGACCAGAGAAUCUUGUUUCUCAUGGUCUGAGAGUCCUUUAGAUGCCUUUUGGCAAACUCCAAGCAGGCUGUCAUGUGCCUUUUACUGAGGAGUGGCUUCCGUCUGGCCACUCUACCAAAAAGACCUGAUUGGUGGAGUGCUGCAGAGAUGGUUGUCCUUCUGGAAGGUUCUCCCAUCUCCACAGAGGAACUCCGCAGCUCUGUCAGAAUGACCAUCAGGUUUUUGGUCAGCUCCCUGACCAAGGCCCUUCUCCCCCGAUUGCUCAGUUUGGCCAGGCGGCCAGCUCUAGGAAGAGUCUUGGUGGUUCCAAACUUCUUCCGUUUAAGAAUGAUGGAGGCCACUUUGUUCUUGGGGACCUUCAAUGCUGCAGAACAUUUUUUUGGUACCCUUCCCCAAAUCUGUGCCUCGACACAAUCCUGUCUCGGAGCUCUACGGACAAUUCCUUUGACCUCAUAUCUUGGUUUUUGCUCUGACAUGCACUGUCAACUGUGGGACCUUAAAUGGACAGGUGUGUGCCAAAUCAUGUCCAAUCAAUUUAAUUUACCACAGGUGGACUCCAAUCAAGUUCGUGUCUCAUAGUGAAGGGUCUGAAAGCUUAUGUCAAUAAGGUAUUUCUGUUUUUUACUUCUAAUAAAUUUGCAAACAUUUCUACAAACUUGUUUUCACUUUGUCAUUGUGGGGUAUUGUGUGUAGAUUGAUGAGGAUUCUUAAAAAAAAAAUCUAUUUCAGAAUAAGGCUGUAACGUAACAAAUUUUUGAAAAAGUCAAGGAUUCUGAAUACUUUUGAAUGCACUGUAUAUACAGAACCAGUCAAAAGUUUGGACACACUGUCACGCCCUGACCUUAGAGAGCUUUUUAUGUCUCUAUUUUGGGUUUGGUCAGGGUGUGAUUUGGGUGGGCAUUCUAUGUUCUAUUUUCUAUGUUUUUGUAUUUCUUUGUUUUGGCCGGGUAUGGUUCUAAAAUCAGGGACAGCUGUCUAUCGUUGUCUCUGAUUGGGAACCAUACUUAGGUAUCCCUAUUUCCCUCCUUUCUUUGUGGGAAGUUGUCUUUGUUUGUGGCACUAUAUGCCCUUAAGCUUCACAGUCGUUUUGGUAUUGUUUAUUGUUUUGUCGGCGUCAUUCUAAAUAAAAGGAAUAUGUACGCUCACCA